GUCUGUAGUAAAAGAGCAAGAUUCAAGUCCAGUAGCAUCUUAAAGACCAACUAGAUUUCCAGGGUUUGAACUUUCAAGACUCACAGCACUCCCUGACAGAUACCACCUAACUGACGGAACAUUGACUCUUGAAAGCUCAUACCCUGGAAAACUAGUCAGUUUUUAAGGUGCUCCUGGACUCCUAUCUUGCUCUUACUUGCUAUAUUAACCAGCCCCUAAUUGCAGCUGCUUAUUACUAUUUGUAAAUGGGUGGGAGGUCUGGAAUUUCACUUCCAAUGUGGGGAGGGACAGCACCCUUUCCAAGUUAUGUAGGGUCAUUCUUCAAGAGUGCCUGCCUUUUCUUGCUCCUGUGCUGAGAGCAGGUUCCUUUUAUAUCCUGGAUGUUGGGAUGAAAAAUUAAAAGGUCUUCUGUACUAGUCAGGCAUACUGAAGACACAGAUACCUUUGUUUGAAUCAAAGGAAGGCUUUUUCUGUCUCCUGGGUAGACAUUGGUACUAUGACCCUCCCCCACUUCAGUGUAUUCUGAAUGGUUGUUGUGAUACUUUCAGAGAACUAGGAAUAAUUGAAUGGUUGUUGUGAUACUUUCAGAGAACUAGGAAUAAUUGAAUGAACAAUUCAUUGGCUGCAUACUAAGUGCUCAAAUCUCUUUUAUUUAAGGAAAAAACUGGUGGUGUUUUGUAGAGAAGGUAGAAAAAUAAUUCUUGUCUUGCUCCCUUAGUAAUAAUGAUGAUAGUGGUACUUCCAUUGUUUGUAUAUGCUGUAUUGUUCUUUCAGACUAUUUAUGACUUGCUUCCUAGCUAGUGUGUUAGAGUUACACGCACUGGCCUCUGUUGUGAAAAAGUAAUUGAACCUACGUAUUGACACAGACUCAUUUAUAUUUUUGAGACUAGAUUGUAUUAUGAACGCUGCUAUAAAAAGUAGCCCUAACAAAAACUGUUAAAACAUACUGCUUUUGUGUAACUUAAUUUUGAAUGUAAUCCACCAGUACAUAAAGGUGACGUUUAAAAAAUGUCCUUAUUAAAAGGAGACAUUAAUAGAAUUGUUUCAUCCAGUUCCCAGGGUCUAAUCCUAUUAUUUGGUCUGUAAACUAUUCACCACUUGAACGCAGUGCCAAGCAUAUCAGUGUAAAUUAGUCCAUUUCAGUGAAUGGUACUUGGGAAGUUGCUGCAUAAUGUCCAGCCGGUUUUGCAAAUAUGCCCACAUGUUUUUAUAGCAUCCCCACCCAUAUACUUCUGUGCUAGUCAUUUGUGGGUAAAAGAGGAACUGAACGUUUUAAAAUUUCUCUGCCUCAGGCAACCAAAUGAGUGGCUAUUUAUAAGGAAGCAUCUGUGAAUCACUUGAAGCAUCCAUUGUCUCUUUCAGGUUCCUAAACAAGUACAGAAAACAACUGCGUCUGAUGAUCUGUUUUGGCUACUGGCAUUCUGUCAGACUUCUUUGACUUGGCUGGUGCUGGGUAGUGUAAGCAAUAUUGGAUGUUUGCUUUCUCCUGAAGAUCCCAAGUGCUUUUGUCUGUAGUUUUUUCCUUGGAUUUAGCUGACCUAAUCUCAGCAAGAGGAGAUCCAUGUACACCCCAAGUGGCUCUGGAUUGCCCAGUGGGCGCAGGCGGAGAGGCCAAGAUGGGAGUGCCUUGCCAAAACAACCAGAAAGGAGUCUGGCUUCUGCACUGCCUGGUGCCCUCUCCAUAACUGCUCUGUGUACUGCACUGGCAGAGCCUGCCUGGCUACGGAUCCAUGGGGGCACUUGUUCUCGCCAAGAACUGGGCGUUGCUGAUGUACUUGGAUAUGUUGACCCUGAAUUGCUUGCAGACUACUGCAUGAACCCCCAGACUGUGUUACUACUUCGGGUUAUUGCUGCUUUUUGCUUUCUGGGAAUCAUCUGCAGCCUCUCAGCCUUCCUGUUGGAUGUCUUUGGACCUAAACAUCCUGCUCUGAAGAUCACUCGGCGCUAUGCAUUUGCUCACAUCCUCACAGUGCUGCAGUGUGCCACAGUGAUUGGGUUCUGUUACUGGGCCUCUGAGCUGAUCCUCGCACAGCAGCAGCAGCACAAAAAGUACCAUGGCUCCCAAGUCUACGUUACAUUUGCUGUCAGCUUUUAUCUGGUGGCUGGAGCUGGUGGGGCCUCCAUCCUUGCCACAGCUGCCAACCUGCUGCGUCACUACCCCACUGAAGAGGAAGAGCAGGCCUUGGAGCUCCUCUCUGAAAUGGAGGAAAAUGAACCUUACCCAGCAGAGUAUGAAGUGAUCAACCAGUUCCAGCCACCGCCGGCAUACACACCAUAAUGCUAAAAUUGGCUGACUGGAGGCAGAGGGUGUAGGCUUUCUGCCAGCCCACCCCCCACCCCCAGAGCCUAGCUGCAGUUUGGCUUGGGAAUGGAUUUCCUUGCAGAGCCACUUACUGGUGCUUCUUUUCCCAGGUGGCUCACUUCCUCCCAACUACCGAAAGAACUGUCUUUGGGUCACCAAGCAGGGGCUUCCCUUGCGCAAUGACCUCCAGAGCAACCCUUUGUUCUAAGGCAAUUACUUGGGGGGGUGUUUGUUUUCUAGUCCCUUCCUUUGUUAUGUUACAUUGAGUGGCUAACUGACCAGUGUGACCCAGCAGCUCUGUGCUUUCUAUGUGACUCCAGUAACUGGCACUGCUGUGUGGUUGGUCCACAUGUUUUGCAGUCUGGUGCACAUACUACCAUUCUGAGAAGAAAAGCACAGUUUCCAGGAUGAGAGCUUCAUGUGUAUGUGACGGAUGGUAUGUGCACUGCUUAACUGGGGAUGAGAUCCACAAUUUUGCAUUGUGAGGAGAUCUUUCAUGCUGGCAUAAAUACAGUAGUGAAUUCGACAGUCAUGCACUGUUUGUUAUCCACCUAAGCUCUGAUUGCGCCUCUUUCCUUUUUUAAGAAAAAAAUGUGACUUGCAUCAAUUUUUACAUGGGGGUGGGGAGAGUGUGUGCUCUGCAUUUAGCACACGUAAAGUUGGGAAUCGGGUCUCUAUGCACUGGUUUGUGGGGAGGUGACUCCUUUCCAUUAAUGUAUGUACUGCCUGAAAGGCAUGGUACGCUUGCUGCCGCCACUGCUUCAUCCACUCCCACAUUCUGCCUCAUGCUACUUAACAAAAGUAUUUUGCACUUUAUUUGCUGUUCAUGCAGCCCUCCUUCCCUCCCCAGCUCCUUAGAGGAGGGAGAGUCAGUAAAACUUGGCAGAACCAGCUCCAGGGUAUUGCCACUAUUGAGAUUCUCUUGCAUAGGUUUGCAGGUACUGGACUCGAUUGGAGGUAAAGGAACAGGGCCUUGCCCACAGAAGGGGUGCUAUUCCAAUUGGGGUACAUUGGUUCAGGUCUAUUGCUACAAUCACACAGCUUAAGGUAAUGGCCUAGGACAAGUUUUUAAAAAAACACUGGGGUUAAAGAUUCAAGAAACAGUACUGAAAUUUGUUCAUUGAUCAUCAUCUCACUCCUUGUAGCUCUAGAUUAUAUGCAACUACCUGACCCCUGGCAUGAUUUUAAUGAUUUUAAUCUGUUUUUACUUAAACCUUUUCUGUCUCCCCAUAGCUGUUAGCUCCUCUAACUCCAAAAUUAAUUCUUCCAAAUUAAGUGGGUAUAUCAGGGAGGGGUGGGGGUUCUGAUAGCUGACAGGAAGUGAUAUGAGAGCCUCUAAAAGUGUUCUGAACAAGAGACACCUAAUUGCUUUCCCUUUUUUCUCUGCAUAUUAUGGUACUUUGAGCUAAAGUGACUUGGAAUAAGCCAGUGAUUUCACUUACUCUCUGCAGCCAUGUGUUAUGAUUGAGGCACAGGUUGUGUAGACUGGAAGGUGUGGGAAGGAAAGUAUGAAGUAAACCUGUCAAGGUUAUGAUUCUUGUUUAAAAAUUGAGUACACUUUAAAACAAGAAGAAAGACUAAAUAUUUCCAUGCUGUCAGUAUGGAGUGUGCUCCUAUUCAACUUUGGAUGAGAUUCAAUUAUGUGUCUAUGCCUGACUGAUGGUACUGCCUGUAUACUAACACUGAAGGCAGUGGUGUCUCCCUUACAAAUUUAUAUCUUGAUUUGGUUUAACAGCUUCUCUCAGUCCUUCCCAUAUUUGUUCCAGUUCUUGCAGAUGAAAUUACAUCCAAUGUAGCCCAGCAUCAAAAUGUCCAGGUUACAGAUACGAAAUUUCUGUAAGGGGCUUGAUUGGGAGAGUGGGGUGAAGGUUUUAGUUAACUUUUGGAGUGUGACGUUUGACCCUCUGUGUUGAUUGAAAGUUGUGGAGGAAAAGGAUAGUGCUUUAGAGCAUCAAAACAAUGCUGCAUGCAAGAAAGUGUAGAAAGCUAUGAUACUUCGCAGAACAACAGACAACCACAGGCUUUCAUUCCACUCCAGUCUAAUGGAUAAUCUGAUGCAAGUUUGGGGAGGCAGCUAAAGAGAGAGUAUCCACUAAUGCAGCCUCUAAUUUUGUAUUCCCUUUGGGCUACUUGAUCCCUGUCGGCUCCAGUAGAGGACCUAUCAAGAAUUCACAAAGUGGACUUCAUAGCAUCUUUUGGGUGUGGUGCAAGUGGAGGUUAUCCCUCCUCCUUCUCCUCCCUUCAGUGUGCUGCAUAUAAGAGAAGAGUUUGACUGUAAAUAGUGUGCAUAAUUUUACUGUCUCCACUUAAAACUCUAAUCUUUGGAUCUUGAAGAGAUUGAUUUGAAGCCUGGGAAAGUUUUUGUUGAUUGCUGUCUUGCAGUUGUCUCCAUUUCUGGCUCUAGGGAGGGAAAGCAGCACUAGCAGCUCCUCCAUGUGCCAAAAGGAGUUUGAUCUGUUUGGGGGAUGGAAAUGGCUUCACUUAGCUGUUCUCCACAAAUGGGACUUGACCAAAACUGAUUUCUAUGUAAUCUGUGUACUUGGUUACUGUGAUCACUUUUACACCUUGAACAUCAUUCACGAGGCACUGUUGAUUAAACCUGUCUCUAAAGUCUUGGAUUACUUUUUCUACUGAAAAUAAAACAAGGAUGUAAAUAGUAAA